UGUCGAUUGUCCCAUCGAAAUAAAGAUUUACUCUAUCUAAUUGGUUGUUCUAACUGAGCGAAACGCUUAUUAAAAACAUAAAAGAACAAUUUGGUUAUCAGGAUGGCGUUUGCCAAUAUAGCGAGGCGCUCCUGGGCCCCCGGGUUAUCCCACUUGAUGUUGCGGCAGCAGUUUUUAGCAGGAUCGAGCACAUUAAAUACGCAUCAAAGUCGGCGCAGUGCUGCAAAAUGGUAUCCUGACCCAGAAUUCAUGAAGCAGUUCAGCGGUCCGGUGAUGUAUCCAGAUGAGGUUACAUCGCUCUGGAAGGUGCCUCCAUGGAACAGCAAGGUUACGCCUGUCGAGAAAUCCGUGCGCAACCUGACCCUGAAUUUCGGCCCGCAACAUCCCGCUGCCCACGGAGUACUGCGUCUGGUUCUGGAGCUAGAUGGAGAGACUGUGAUGCGUGCGGAUCCACACAUCGGACUGCUGCACCGAGGCACCGAGAAGCUCAUCGAGUACAAAACGUACACGCAGGCGUUGCCUUAUUUCGACCGGCUGGAUUACGUCUCCAUGAUGUGCAAUGAGCAGUGCUACUCGCUGGCUGUGGAGAAGCUCCUUAACAUCGAGGUGCCACUCCGAGCCAAGUAUAUUAGAACGUUGUUUGCCGAGAUUACCCGGAUUUUGAACCACAUAAUGGCUGUUGGCACGCACGCUCUGGACGUUGGUGCAUUAACGCCAUUUUUUUGGCUAUUCGAAGAGCGCGAGAAAAUGAUGGAAUUCUAUGAGCGAGUUUCUGGUGCUAGAAUGCAUGCUGCUUAUAUCCGACCUGGUGGCGUGUCAUUGGACUUGCCUCUUGGCCUAAUGGACGAUAUCUAUGAGUUUGCAUCAAAGUUUGCCGAGCGUUUGGACGAAGUGGAGGAUGUGUUAACCACGAACCGAAUCUGGGUGCAGCGAACCGAGGAUAUUGGUAUUGUAACGGCAGAAGAGGCUCUGAACUAUGGUUUUAGCGGCGUCAUGUUGCGUGGCUCCGGUAUAAAGUGGGACCUCCGCAAACAGCAGCCGUAUGAUGCCUACCACCUGGUAGACUUUGAUGUUCCCAUCGGCACUAAAGGUGACUGCUAUGACCGAUAUCUUUGUCGUAUCGAGGAAAUGCGUCAGUCUUUGCGAAUAAUUGAUCAGUGCCUUAACGAUAUGCCUGCUGGAGAAAUUAAAACAGACGAUGCCAAGGUGGCGCCACCGACGCGUUCCGAAAUGAAAACAUCCAUGGAAGCUCUAAUUCACCACUUUAAGUUAUUUACCCAAGGCUAUCAAGUUCCACCUGGGGCAACGUACACGGCAAUUGAAGCUCCAAAAGGCGAGUUUGGGGUUUACCUUAUAUCAGAUGGAUCGAGCCGCCCAUAUCGCUGCAAAAUUAAGGCGCCAGGGUUUGCUCACUUGGCAGCUUUAGAAAAGAUUGGAAAGCAGCACAUGUUGGCCGAUGUAGUGGCCAUUAUCGGUACAUUGGAUGUAGUAUUUGGGGAGAUAGAUCGAUAAAUUUUUAUUUCGAGUUGUGUACCAUUCUGUCUAAGAAAAUGCUUAUGAAUAUUAAAAAUCAUGAAUACGUUCGGAACCAGAUUUCUUUGUACCUAUCAUGUUUAUAUUUCAUUGUUGGCGAUGCUAACAAAAAAAUAAUUUGUAAUAUUCGGUCCGCACUAAAAUUAAAUUUAUUUGAGGCAAACACAGAAAAAAGCAUCGUUUUUAAAAUCACUAAUAAAUAUGGUUAAAGUAUGCAUUAAUAUAUUUUGAAUCCGGGAACCCAAAUAAAUGUCGAACAAGA